AUGCAUGUAAUGCAGAGCCUCAUCCUUGGCAUCCCCAUUGCUAUAGCAGCUGGGUCACCUGUUCUUGUAGAACGUGCCCCAACCUCAGCCUUUGGAUUAUUCGCUUACGGCGAUGGCAUCGGCGGUGCACCUUUGUUUACAACUGGUGAUGGUGCCUUCAUCGGGACGGCGACUCACUCCAAUGAUAGCCAAGCCGCCCAGGUUGAGUUUAUAGCCAAUUCGGACAAUUCGCUGGUGGCUAAUCCGAACACUACGGCAGCCAAUGACCCUACCUGGUCUAACCUGACGUUCAGUGUCCCUAACACGACAUCUUCCUCUCAUCAGGUCGGAUUCUCCAACUCGACCUCUGAUGAUAAUAGGUCAGGGUCUGGUUUCGUGUUUUAUGGAGAUUUCUUACUGCAUAAGGAGACCAGCGGGGACCUCCAGUCAAUGUGGUACGCUGUUCCCUCUGGUCAAGAUAAUAUUUGGACUUUGAACUGGAAUUACACCGACGAUGAUACCGAUGGAAAGGUGCUUGUGACCCUCAAAACCACACCACCAUCAAAGGCGGUGGACGAUGCGAGUGAGGCGUAA